AUGACCAUUCAAGUGUCAACGCCAAAACCUUUCGAUAGAGACACUCGAGGAGGGUUAUCUCAAAACGCACCGGAUUGUAUCACUUGUAAACUUCCAAAAGAAACUGUAUCAUCAGUACUUGAGAAUAUUGCGAAAAAAACUGCUCCACCAAAACACGAAUCUUCACUUUAUACGGUAUCGGCAGAUUGGAUCAGUUCACUUGCCUCCUCUAUUACCAAUGAACUUUCUGCAGUCUUAAAUGCCCCUUCAAAUCAUUACGUGGAAACCGGAAAAACCAUUGCCAAUAUUGUUUCAAGUGUAGGAAACGGAACUUGGAAGGUUGGCAAUGCUCCUGUCAAUGCUCUUAAGGAUAUUGAAACAAAUUUCCCUUUGUAUAUUUCUGAUUACUUUGAUCAAUUGUCUGGUUGGUCAAGAGAGAACGUUUUUGAACAAUCGUGUUCUAGAAUUGGAAGUGAUAUUGCUGAAUUAAGUCUUGGCGGUCCUUCUCCUGCAGAAAAUCCUAAUGGCCUGGAACCUGCCUUAUCGGGAAAAUAUGUGAAAAUUAGUUGGAAACUUCCUAAUAUUGAUAACAUUUCAUUCGAUUCGGAAGGUGAACCAAAUGAUGGAGAAGUUUAUAGAUAUUUUGCAUUCAUUGAUACUUUCAAACAUGCCAUUUCAAUGAAUGAGGACGGAUCAAUUACCAAAGAACUAUAUAAUUUCUCCGAUCCCGCCCAGCUUUGGAGAAUCUGUAAAUUUUACUUUCAAAAUUACGGUAACUUUUAUGCGUUAUAUAAUAAGAAGUAUAAAACAUAUCUAGGAAGAUCUCUUGAGGGUAAUAACAGCAAACCCGAUAAUGAUAUUCAUGAAACCGCUGUAUAUCUUGUUGAGGAUCCAGAAACACACGCUUAUUCCAUUGGAUACAGACAUCAUCACGCAGAAAUUGAAUAUCUUUUGAAGGACCUAAACCUUG